AUGUUGCUGAAACGGCGACCAACAAUUUACUUCCAGAAAAAUCAAGAAAGUUGUUCAUACUCUUUCAUAAGAGAGUACACGAAGUCUUGCAGCUGGAGAAAGGCCGUUAUUAUAUUGGAGGAAAAAAUGGAUAUUAACAGAUGUUCCGGAAAACUUAUUGUAUUCCUGAAGAAGCAGUCAUCAGGUUACAAGUCCAAGAAGUCAAAGAUCCUUAUGGGUGAGAGGGUAGAUAGGGAAUACAGAAAAGCUUUGUAUUGUGCUCUAUCAACAGAAAAACCAAAUGAAGAUAUCAUACAUUUACUAACACAAAAUGGUUUAGAUGUCAACGCUAAAGAUAAUAAUGGGACUACAGCAAUACAUCUUGCAUGUGGAGCUGGUAAUUUAAAUAUUCUGAAUCUAUUACUUCAAAAUAGAGGAGAGCUUGGACUUUUGAACAAUGAUGGAGAAAACGUUUUGCACUUUGCCGCAUCUCAACAAAAUAGAGAUAUAAAUUUAACACUAUUCCUAAUACCUAAUGGUUUGAGCGUUAACAGCAAGGAUAACACCAAAACAACACCCCUACACCUGGCCUGCCAACACGGUAAUAUCGUAGUUGCCCAAACAUUACUUUCAAAAGGAGCAGAAGUUGAUAGCUUAGAUAUGGAAAAAGAGAAUGCUCUCCACUACGCGAUGUGUACCACCAACAACAAUCCAGGUAUAUUAGACCUACUAAUCAACGGAGGCAUCGACAUUAAUGUCCAAAACAGUGAUGGAUAG